UGAAGGAAACUGUGUGCUCAGUAGUCGCGAUGCUUGCCCCUGGUACGUGACGUCACUAUACUUUGCGCACUACACGAGCACCACUGUAGUAACCUGGUCUACACUACCGUGUCCACUGGAAUGCCUCACGUGCACUGGAACAUGUCGUACAUACUCACUUUAGCUUUCCUUGUGAUUAACUCUUUUGUAAUUGAUUCAGAAACAUCGACUGGUGAUGGCACUUGUAGCACGGACUAUCCCGUCAUCAUUCCGGAAGUGAUGUCACUUAAGUACAAAGCUGCGCUACCGUUCAAAUUAGAGGGAUUCAACAACGCCUCAGUCGUUCUACGAAAAUCAUCAGAUAGCAUCAACAUGGACCUGGAGGGGGAACUGUACGUGAGCGGAGGGGGUUUUGUGGACAGAUAUAAGGCCGAUCGAAUCACCAUGCUUAUGGACAACUCUACUAUACACCUGUACAAUAAACGACAGUUUGCGAUGCAGAUAUACAUCCUCAGCUAUAACACCAAGUACGUAAACGUAACAAUGGCCACUGGUCAGGCCGACGGACUGGCCGUCCUUUCUUUCUGGGUCCAAGAUACUCAGACAAGUACAAACUCGGAUCUUUUUCCGACUUUCAAAAGUAUUGUCAAAGAUGAUGGACGAGCUGAUUCUGUGAAUCUUCGGAAGAUAUUUCCCCAAUACCUCCAGAAGUUUUUCCAGUAUCACGGCAAGCUAGGACCUAUGUAUCCAUCUUGUGACGUGGCCUGGAGCAUUAUGAAUGACAGAAUUCUCCUUCAUAAGGACCAGAUUCAAACGUUGCGAUCGCAGUUCCCGACCUCCCAGAGGAAGACCAGUACCAGAAGCAAUGGUGCACCAUCAAUAACACGCAAUUACAAACUGUCUACAGAGUCGUCCGCCCCAGCCUUAAACAUCAACACUCUUCUCACCAUUUGUGCAGUCGCUCUGUGCUCCCUCAGUGUUACAUUUAACAUGUAGGCGCAUAUAUUACAAAUUCAUUUGUUUUCAUUUAUUAAUUUAAGAUUGAACAGGGAUGUGCAAAUGCUCUAAUUUUGUUUUUAUAUAACGAGACACAGUAUUCAAGGAUUCAAAUGAUCUCGACCGAGUUUUAAAGGUCUUUAUUCCCUUUUAAGCCUAAAACGAAAUGCUCAAUAAUAAGUGAAAUAGAAGUAAUGAUAAAAACCUGAUGGGAGUCGCUUUUGGGUAGCUUACAGUGGGUUUUUUUAAGAUAACAGUGUUAUACACGUGGACUGGUUUGACAUAACGUAGUUGUAAAGAAAAACAUCGAGUUGACUAGUUUUGUUCUUUAAAUGGUUAACAUAAUAUGUAAAUAGAUAAAACUCCUUCUAGGUUUUUUUUCAAACAUAUUGCCCAACAUUACCAUACCAUCUAUCUAGUCAAGGGAAGUUUCACCUUUAAAAAGAGAAUACACUGUUAAUUGGAUAGAAGAUACGAAGAAAUGCAUUAUUGUGUGUGUCGGUAGCGUCGAGAGAACAUAUACUAUAGUCUCUAUGCAAAAAUUGCUAAGCCACCGUACCUACCUGCUAUAUGCUAAUUAAAGUCACUCCUUUAUUGUUCUUGCUUAAUAAUUUAAAACUUGCUACGCAUUUUAACGACUAAUACUUAAGAUAUGUUUUAUAGUUUUUCUUAAUGAGAAACGCUUUUUGGAAAUAACAUGUAUUUUACUGUGACUUUAAGUUAGUAUAGAUUUUUAAAGCCUUGUAUUAUCGGCAUUAUGCGUCAUUGUUUUGUGCUGCUCGAAAAGCGUGAAUUCGCAACCAACGUCACUGACUAGCAUAUUUGUCCUUUUCUCAAAUGUAUUCCAUGUUAGUGCUGACAACAGGUUUUAUUCCAUUUACAUUAUUAUCAUACAAAGUUGAUGUCGUCACACAAUAUUUAUGAGCUAGCUUAUAGAAGAAUGAAUAUAUUGAGAAUGUUAAAACACAAAUUGGAUAGAAAAAGUCUCACAACAAUAUUUACCUCUUUUAUUAGACCAAUACUUGAAUAUGGGUAUGUAGUAUGGGAUUACUGUAGUAACCAAAAUAAAAAUAUUCUUGAGUCAAUCCAGCUAGAGGCAUUAAGAAUUAUAACAGAUUGUGUAGACGGACCUCCCAUUGUAAGCUUUAUGCAGAAACUGGACUUGAAUCACUUUGUUGUAGGCGAAAAAAUCAUAAAUUAGUACUUAUGUUCAAAAUUUUAAAUAAUGAAUCGCCUUAUUACAUAGAAGACAUCAUUGAACCAUACCUUCACAGCAAUAUAAAUGUAAGAUACCACUAAGAAAUAGCCGUAUUUUCAAUCCCCCUUCCCGUAGAACUGAGAAUUAUUUCAAUAGUUAUUUUCCCUCAAUGUGGAGAGAAUUUAAACUUCUAUCUGCAGAAACUUUAAAUGCUACUUCCCUUCAACAAUUUAAAAAUGUCAUCAAGUCUGAUAAUAUGAACAACACUGAAGAAGUUGCUAUCACAUUUAAAUACUAUGGGCCAAGACAAUUUAAUAUCAUAAUUUGUCAACUAAGAAACCAUGCUACUGUAGCAACCUAAAUAAUGACUUAUGUAUGAAUCAUCUGAAUGACACACCAGCAUGUAGAUGUGGACAUGAAAAUGAAAAUGCAUUUCAUUUUAUAUUUGAAUGCCCACUCUAUAACAACAUUAGAAUGCAUUUAGUAUAACUUGUAACCAUGGUCAUUUUAAUCUAAAUCUAAAUCAACAGAUCCAUUUUACAAAGUAUACUACAUUUGUCAAACUAAUAGGCUUGAUAUUUAAUCUCACUCACAGGUAAACUUUACAUUGAAAGAGAUGCUAUUAUUUAUAGGUUCAUGAUCACUCUGCUAAUAAGUAUUGAUACUGGUGUAUAUAUAUCUUUACAACAUAUCUGGUAUUCGUCUGGACUGGAUGGAAUUUAUGAGUGUACUAUUCUAUAACCUGUUCUAACUAUUUCAUAGUUACAUGAAUAUUCUAUAGUGCUUUGUUAAAGAAAUUUUAAGAGAAUCAACUCCAAUAAUAGAUAACAAUAAC